CAGCUGGUUAUCUCGUACUGAAUUCCCCUACAUCCGAAUAUCACAGAAAACUUAUUUUUUGUAUAGUAAGAUAUUCAUAUAUUAAAUUAAUAUUUUAAAAUGAAUACUUAUUUGAUUGUUGUAUAUAAAGUUGUCUAUGAAGCAUAAUAGUUAAACAGCCCAGAAGGCUAUGUAUGAUUGAGGAUAAGCGUCCUGCUGGAGAGAGACUGUUGUAAGAAUCUGGCACUGCCGGGGUUUAGUCAAGGGGGCCCAUAUGACCUACUUGGAAACAUAUUGUUUCCAUUUUGGUUUUGGAGGGAACUUUGUCUCCUUUCCUAUUCCCACCCAGAAUUGGGCAAUACAUUUUUCUCUUAAAGGGCAACACCACUACCGCCUCCCGCCAUACGUUGACCCAGCGGGUGUAUAAACAAGCAGACACUACUUCCUCAGUACAGCCGGUGAAUAAGAUCGUAGAAGCUAGGCUAGUGUGUGACUCGAGCUCUGGAAAUAUAACUAGGUAUGUACAGCCUCAAAUACUUAUAUACAUACAUGCCAUCAAUUAUCACUGGCUUCAAUCAUCCGAUUCAUAUCCUGAGGUCGCAAGUUGAUGUCAUUUGAUGUAAACUAUACAGAGAAGACUUAACGUUCUCCAUGAAUGUAAUAAUAUAGCAUCAGAAGCAGAAAAUACCACAGUAAGCAACAGAUUAUAAUGUAUAUCUUGCAUAUUGUACACUUGCUUUGUUAACUGCCACUACGUUAUUGUAGUGAAUUAUUAUCAUGGUGAACACCAUUUUCCUAAGAUAAACAUUUCUUAUUCAUAGGUUGUUUGUAUAAAUAACAAUAUUUAUAAUAAUUUGUGUCUUCUAAUCAUUCCCAAGUUUAUUAUAUGCAUUAUACCUCAUUCUUUCAUGUCUCGUUAUCUCUAAUAUUCUGCUGUGUAAUUUAGCAGUAAAAAUAGAUUAAAUGAGAGAAAACCCUUUUUAACCUAUAGUGACUCGUAUAACAGGUAAUUCCACAGAACUUAGUAAUCGAUCUUACAGAGCUAAUAUACCUAUGAGUUUUUAUCAGAUGUACAAAUAAGAGCUUGAGCUUCCUUGCUAAUUGAUUUUUUUUAUUUUGCCAUCGACGUGGCUAGUUUAUUGUGCAGCCCAUAUCCAUCCUGUGGAGGAUAGCACAAGAGCAUAUGGAUACACAAAAGGCCUAGGAACUAGGCCCUAAAAGGGUUAACAGGUGUACAUUUGAAUUUAUAUCUACAGUUCAUUUAUCUGUUACAAGCAAAUAUAGCUAAGAACUCCCAAAACAUCAUCUUUCCAUAAAUCAUUGUAGACCAUAAAUAACAAGUAUUAAAUAUUUUAAAUAAUAAUGGUAAAUCCGAUAUAAGUGUAUUUACACAUUGACAAACACAAAAUAACCACAUUUAGUUGAUUUAGGGGUGAAGGGGGUGGGGAGUGUUCCCUCAACUUCCGAAGGCGCUCCCCAACUUCAGGGGUGGGGAACUGCACCCCAACUUCAGAGGGGCGAUUAGUGAGGCGGCACCUCCCUAACUUCCCUUAAAGGGAAUAAAGUCUUAUGAGAACCAGCCUCACCAAAUCCAAAGAAAUACGAUAUACACGUGUAUAUAAAUUUUACUAGCAUUCAUAAACAAUGUCCAUAUUUGAUUAUAUCUUUUACCUCAAGACCAUUGUACAAAUUUUUUUUGUUAUAUGUUAGUCUGAUACCUUGUUAUCACACACCCUGUACCCAUCAUAUGGAUGAUAGUCAUCCCUUACCCACUCUGUGGGCGGUCACCCCCAUACACAUCCUGAGGGCGGUAGUCACACAAUAUCUAUCCUAUGGACAGUUGUCACCACGCACCCAUCUUGUGACCAGUUGUCACCUCCAUUCCCAUCCUGUGGCUGAUAGUCACCCUGUACUCAUUCUAUGGGCGUCUUCUGUUUCUGGGCGAGAAUUCAAAGAAUGAACUAGAAAACACACAUAAAAGGCCAUGCAAGAGGAUAAUCAUUUGAGUAUACCUUGUGCAGUAUAAGAACUAAAAAAAGUGCCUUCCAGCAACACCAGCCAAGUCACAGUAAGAAGAGACCAUUUAUGUGAUCUGUAUGUGAAGCUAAUUUUGCCACACCCUUGGUACUUAAACAUAUGACAACUUGCACUGGAGAUAAGGUGUUAGAAUGUACUGUACUGAUUCUAAAACUCACUUGAGAUGUGUUAUUAGAAUGUUCUGAUUUUUAACUUCACACUGUGGAAACCUAUUUGAAGGUGUUGAUAUGGAAACUCAUACACAAGAUAAGCCAUAUGAACGUGAUGUAUGUUCUGAGGUGUUCCAGUGUCUUGUGUGUGGAAUUGGAUUUAAUGGAAAGUCCAAGUUGGAAAUUCAUACAAAAACUCACAAAACAAAAAACUAUCUGGAGUGUGAGGUUUGUCAAAAAAAAGUUCUCGGUAGAUAUUCCAUGAACCGACAUAAACAAAUUCAUACAGGAGAUAAACCUUGGAAAUGCACAAUCUGUGGAAAAAGGUUUAUCACCAUUUGGAGUCAUAAGAGGCACAUGAGAAUUCACUCUGGAGAAAAACCAUUUGAGUGCUCACUAUGCUUGAAAAGGUUUUCAGAAAAAGGUUCUCACAAAAGACAUAUUGCAUUGCAUACAGAAACAAAACCUUUUAAGUGUUUCAUUUGUGAGAGAACAUUUUUUCUGAAAGCCAACCAUGAGAGACAUAUGCGAACUCAUACUGGAGAAGCGCCAUAUGAAUGUUCAGUUUGUUCCAAAACAUUUAAAGAUAAAUCAACAUUAAAUAUCCAUGAGGCUAAUCAUAAAGGAAAUAAACCACAUAUUUGCUCAGUUUGUAGAGUAGGCUUUUGCACAAAGCAUCAACUUACCAGACACAUGCAUGUUCAUCAACAAAGAUAUGAGUGCUCGUUGUGCUUCAAAAUGUUUACAGAUGAAAGUCUUUUGAAUUUGCAUGAGAAAACUCAUUCCAAGGAAAAUAUAUUCACCUGUCCUCUGUGCAACAAGGGGUUUAGUUCACUUAAAUGCAUAAAACAGCACAUGCUUUUACAUUCAGAGGAUAGGCCAUAUUCUUGCUCAUUUUGUAACAAGAACUUUACAUGGAAAAAAUCGUAUGUAAAUCACUUGCCCAGCCACACUGGAGAGAAGCCCUUUUCGUGUUCUGUUUGUAUGGAGGGCUUUGCAACUAUAGGUAUUCUUUCAAGGCAUUUAGAAAUACAUAUUAAAGGGUUGAUUCAUAAAUGUUCAUUGUGUACAUUGGAAUUUUUAAGCAGAACAAAAUUUGAAAAACAUGUGUAUAAUCACACAGGUCAACAGCCAUUUGAAUGUGCAGAAUGUAAAAAAAAAUUCAUUACAAAGUUUGGACUGAGAAAACACUUGCAUAUCCACAUACCAUCGAAGUAUAUCUGUUCUGAGUGUGGUAAAAGCUUUGUAACUGAGAAAGGAUUGAAAAGACACGAACAAAAUAGUUUAAAAAAUAGAGUAUUUUGUUAUGAAUGCAUUCAUUGCAAGUGCACAUUUAAUUCCCUUCAACUUUUCAAGCAGCAUAUGCUUAUUCAUGAUGAUAAAAUGGAACGAUCUCUUGAUUAUAUCUGGAACCAAAGGGAAAGUAAUGCCAGCUCAGAAUUUAUAUUGCCCGACAAAACAUUGAAGGACAUUUCUGGUAAGUGUAACAUGCUUAUUCAUGACAAAACAGAAGGGGCCCUUGAUUAUAUAGCAAACCAUAGGGACAAUAUUACAAAUCCUGAAUUCAUAUUGCCUGACAAAAUGUUAAGGGAUAAUUCUAAUACAUGUAACAUCUUAUGUGGGCCAGCCAUAAAUGAACAGAAGGAGAUGGCUUGUACCCAUAUUACAGAUGAAAUUGUUGAAACUGAUUUCUAUAAUGCAUCUCUGUGGUCUGGCAGUUUAAAAGGUAAUCCUUGUCGUAAAACUAAAAGAUCAUCAAAUUCUGAAAAUGUAUUUCUUCAGUGUUCUUUCUGUAUGAAACGUUUUUUAUUUGAAAGCAAAUUGUCUCGUCAUCUCAGAACUCAUACAGGAGAAAAGCAUGACCAGUGCUCCUAUUGCAAGAAAAGUUUUGUUGAUAAGUAUGUGCUAAAAAAGCACAUGAAAAUUCACACUGCAGAAAAGUUAACAUGUGUAUCGUGUAACAAGAAAUUUUCAAACACUGCUUACUUUCAAGUACAUCUGCGUAUUCAUUCUGGUGAAAAACCAUAUUCUUGCUCUUUAUGUAAUAAGGCAUUUAUAAGUAAAGAUAGUCUGAAGAGACACAGGAUGAUUCAUUCUGAUGAAAAACAGUUUCACUGUAGUAUAUGCACUAAAAAUUUUUUUAGAUUAAAUUUUCUUCAAAGACACAUGCUGGUGCAUAGUGAAGGGAGAUUUAAGUGCUCUCUCUGCUCUAGACAAUUCAAAGAGGAAAGAUCACUGAGAAGACAUAAUUGUGAUAAGCUUUAUGAAUGCUCGAUUUGUAAAAAAAAGUAUAGACACCCAAGCACAUUGAAAAUCCAUUUCCAGUCACACAAUAAAAAAACAUCUUUUGAAUGCUUACAGUGCAAUUGUAUAUUUAGCACAAAUUUUCAACUGGAACAACACAUGACCACCCAUGAACUGGAACAACACAUGACCACCCAUGAACUGGAACAACACAUGACCACCCAUGAACUGGAACAACACAUUGACCACCCAUGAAACUGAACAGAAAGAUGAAGCUGCUAAGUUAUUACAGUGUGUUAAAGUAGAAUAUGAAGAAACUACUGAUGGGCUAAAGCAAAACAUAAUGAAACAUGAAAUAGGACAUGAAAAUAUAGAUGGUCAGAAGUUAUUACAGUGUGUUGACUAUGAAGAAUCUAGUGAUUGUCUAAAACAAAACCUAAUAAAGCAUGAAAUGGGACAUGAAGAUACAGAUGCUAAAAAGUUAUCACAGUGUGUUAAAAUAGAACAUACAGGAAGUUUACCUGGAGAGUUUGACAGUGAGAGUGAGAAGGAUGACAAAAUAAAUUUGGAAAGUUACCUAAAGAUGAAAUGUUAAUUAAAACUAUUUAUAUUAAAAUAGAAUGAUAAUGAAGUCACUAAGACAUAAAUACCCAUAUCUUGUACAUUUACGUUCCUGAAAAUGGCCAAACCAAUACGAGUCAUUGAACAUAACAUAGCAAGAGUAAAAGAUUGUAUUGUCUAUAAAUGUCAAAAUGCCGUAUUACUUUGAAUUUGGUACAAUAUAUAUACAUGUAUAGGAUUCUAACUUUAAGUUCUUAAAACAGAGAAAUAUCAUAUUGAAAAUUUACUACUGUACUGUACUGUAUAUUGUAGCUUGCUAAUCUUCUCUGAAAACUGAUCCAGUAUUAUUAUUAUAAUCAAAAAGGAGUGCAUUGAUCCAGUAGUAACCAACAUAUAAUGUCAUUUUAAGGUUUAUCCUCCUGAGAAGCAAUCUUCAUAAAGUUAAUCAGUGGGAAACUAUUUUCUUUCUGAUAUUUAAUGUACAUAACUUCAUUGUACAUAACUUCAUUGGGAGAUUCUGAAGAGAAGCUGCAGAGAUUGGUGGAUGAAUUUGGUAGGGUGUGCAAAAGAAGAAAAUUAAAGGUGAAUACAGGAAAGAGUAAGGUUAUGAGGAUAACAAAAAGAUUAGGUGAUGAAAGAUUGAAUAUCAGAUUGGAGGGAGAGAGUAUGGAGGAGGUGAACGUAUUCAGAUAUUUGGGAGUGGACUGUCAGCGGAUGGGUCUAUGAAAGAUGAGGUGAAUCAUAGAAUUGAUGAGGGAAAAAGAGUGAGUGGUGCACUUAGGAGUCUGUGGAGACAAAGAACUUUGUCCUUGGAGGCAAAGAGGGGAAUGUAUGAGAGUAUAGUUUUACCAACGCUCUUAUAUGGGUGUGAAGCGUGGGUGAUGAAUGUUGCAGCGAGGAGAAGGCUGGAGGCAGUGGAGAUGUCAUGUCUGAGGGCAAUGUGUGGUGUGAAUAUAAUGCAGAGAAUUCGUAGUUUGGAAGUUAGGAGGAGGUGCGGGAUUACCAAAACUGUUGUCCAGAGGGCGGAGGAAGGGUUGUUGAGGUGGUUCGGACAUGUAGAGAGAAUGGAGCGAAAGAGAAUGACUUCAAGAGUGUAUCAGUCUGUAGUGGAAGGAAGGCGGGGUAGGGGUCGGCCUAGGAAGGGUUGGAGGGAGGGGGUAAAGGAGGUUUUGUGUGCGAGGGGCUUGGACUUCCAGCAGGCAUGCGUGAGCGUGUUUGAUAGGAGUGAAUGGAGACAAAUGGUUUUUAAUACUUGACGUGCUGUUGGAGUGUGAGCAAAGUAACAUUUAUGAAGGGAUUCAGGGAAACCGGCAGGCCGGACUUGAGUCCUGGAGAUGGGAAGUACAGUGCCUGCACUCUGAAGGAGGGGUGUUAAUGUUGCAGUUUAAAAACUGUAGUGUAAAGCACCCUUCUGGCAAGACAGUGAUGGAGUGAAUGAUGGUGAAAGUUUUUCUUUUUCGGGCCACCCUGCCUUGGUGGGAAUCGGCCAGUGUGAUAAUAAAAUAAAAAAAACUUCAUUGUUAACUAAUAACCAAAUGUUUAAACAUUAAAAUAGCAUACCUGUGAUUGCAGUAUUUUUGUUAUUUAAUAUAAGGAAAGUUAUUCAAUAUAUGUAACUAUUUUGCAUUAAAGUGGAGAAAUCUAAUUUAUUUUUAAAUUAUCAUUUUGUGUAAAAGCUGCAAAUUUUGUCUGUUGUAAUAAAGUCAUAAAAAGAAUACUUCAGCUUUAUCAGCUUGCUGAUAAAGCUGAAGUAUUAAUUGUUAAUGUUUAUAUUUUUAAUGCAGCAAAAGAUAGUAUAUAUCUCUUAAGGGUUUAGUGCUUCCCAAUUAUUAUUAUAAUAAUAAUAAUAAUAAUAUAAUAAUAAUGAGUGUAAAACGAAAGCCUGUAAUUGUUUUACAUGAUGGUAGGAUUGCUGGUGGCCUUUUCUCUGUUUCAUAAACAUGUAAGAUUUCAGGUACGUCUUGCUACUUCUACUUACACUUAGGUCACACUACACAUGCAUGUACAAACAUAUAUAUACACACCCAGCUGGGUUUUCUUCUAUUUACUUACUAGUUCUUCUUUAUUUCCUAUUAUCUCCAUGGGUAAAUGGAACAGAAUUCUUCCUCUGUAAGCCAUGCGUGUCGUAAGAGGCGAUUAAAAUGCCAGGAGCAAGGGGUUAGUAACCCCUUGCUCCUGGCAUAUUACUAAAUGUAUAUAUUACUAAAAUGUAUAUAUUACUAAAUGUAAAAGGAGAAACUUUCACUUUUCCUUUUGGGCCACCCCGCCUCGGUGGGAUACGGCCGGUGUGGUGAAAGGAAAGGAAUAAUAAUAAUAUAAAGUUUUGAUGCAUUGAAACAAAUGUGAGUUCUCUGGAAUGGGUGACCACAUUUUGAAUCUUUUCCAUAUAUUUCUUGGAUCUUAUUACUCAUUUCUUACCAAAAUCCUAGACACAGUAUCAGGGAAUUUUAUUUUGCUAGUUAAGCUGUAAAAAAAAGUGAAGCGGUUAUUACUUGCACUAAUUUAUUAUUAUUAUUAUUAUGGGAAAUACUAAGUCUGUAAGAGUCGCACACCUCUUGAAAAAAGAGAGGCAAUCAGAUUUUCUCCAGUUACUUGGAUCAUUACCCCUUCACCAGUAUCAAGGCUCUCCUUUGAAAGGACUAGUGUACUUGCAGACAGAAAUACAGACCUCAUGUACUCAUCAAGCAUAUCAGCACUGUAUGAUCCAUAUGGGUUUAGAGCUUUUUUAUUAACAAACCCUUCAAGGUGGUGUCUUGAUGCUGAUGGAAUGCCCUUGAUCCAACAAAUUAGUUACCCUCCUGUUCCUUGGAUCAACCCUGAUUAGCUCCCAUCCUGCAGUGUACAGCUAGCCCUCCACUUUCGUGAGUUCCACUUUCGCGAGCUUCGAACAUUUGCGAAUGCCCAGUUGUGUGGCGAGUGUUUUAUUUGUUCAUUAUUUAUUAUUAAACCAUAACAUGUAUAUACAAUAUUUUACAAUGUUUUCAUGUGUUUUAUGAUUUUUUGUGGUUCAAUAGGUUAAAGAAGCAGCAGUAUUGUUAGACUAAGUAAAUGCUCUUAUUAUAUUUCCCUACAAUAUAUUUGUUCAUCAAAACAUUCGUGAAUGCUACAAUACAGUAUUAUAUUUCCCUACAUCAUAUUUGUGCACCAAACAUUCGCGAAUUUUCAAGAUUUGCGAGGUUCUUGAUCCCCUAACCCUCACAGAUGUGGAGGGCCUCCUGUAUUACCCCUCCAAUGAAUAUAUUAUUAUAAUAUAAUUAAACAGUACUAGUAAUAAUAAGAACACACAAAUAGGAGGAGGAAAGAAAAAAUGAGACAUGAAAAAAUUGUCUUUAUUGAAAGAUAAGGUGAAAAUAAAACCUCAGAGGCAAGGAGGGUUUUCUUCUUUCACAAAGUACUAUAGUGAGUUCCCCUGUUUUACCCAAUACAGUAGUGGGUUCCCUGCUUUUACACAAUACAACAUAGGGUUUCCUUAUUUCACCCAGUGUAGAAGUGUUUUUAUUCAAAAAGAGGUUAACCAAUCUAUUAUUUAUAAUCCAGAACUAAGUUUUUAUUGGUAUUUAUGCUUACCAGUGCUUUUAUGGAAUACAGUGUUAAAAAUAAAUACCUGGUACCUUUAUUAAUAUAUUUUUAUUGUAUCUGUUUUUCAGUACACUGUAUGCUAAAUAUAAAAAAUGCAUCAUACAAAGAUACUGACUCGUCUGUCAUAGCAGCUGGAAAUCCUGCAAAGUACUGUGUUGUUUGCCAUGUUAAGUUUGAUUCUGUUUUUAUUUGAUAUGCAAAACUUUCAGAUUUUGUCCUAGAACAUAGAUUCCGUGUAUCUUACUAAUUAAUAUGGUGAAUGCUCAUUUUCCAUGGAAAACUUUACAUAUUUAGAGCUAUAUUUUUUCUAUCUAUCUAAUAUUUGCAGUUUACACCAUUUAGUUAUAUGUGUUUUAGUACUAGGAUAAAUAAAUAAUUUAUAAGAUAAGCUUAUGAAAAGUAAUUAAGUACAAAAAUGUAUAGUAGGAAAUGAAUGUGCAAAUGCAUUCAUAAUGAUGUCAUAUAUAAAAGGUUUCAUCUUUUCCAUGUUUGCAACAUAUUAAGAUGGUCAUCAUUUAAGUCUCUUAUCCCUGUCAUAAAGUAUUAUUAAUGAUGUUAUGAUAUAAAAAGGUUUCAUGUUUUUCAUGUUUGUCAACACAUUCAGAUGGCCAUUAUUAAGUUUAUAAUUCAUUGUGUCGAUAUAAAAGGUUUUAUCAUUUUCAUGUUUGUUGGCAUAUUAAAGAUAUUAAUGUUUUAGAGCAUAAGAAUAUGUAAAUUCACUAAAAUACAUGUGAUAUGAAAAACAUUAGAUACACAUUACUGUACAAUCUUUCUUUACUGAAAUAUUGUAAAAACUAAUUCUCUAACCUAUUUGUUGUUUAUAUGAAGCUUUCUUGUUAAUGUAGUCAUUGUUAUGUAUUGUUCAAUAAAGUACUUUUUAUUCAAAUGUAUGGACAGUAUCGCCCUACUUUAUUCACAGCUUG